AUAUACAUCCCAAAGAGGCUGGUGCUCACAGGCACAGCUGGACUACUGGAUAACUGGACUCUAUCCCACUGGAUAUUUAUCUAGAAAGUUUUCACCGUGUGGUGAGAGGAGCAGGAGAACGAGCCACAGGCCGACAACACUGCCACAGAACUAAUCAGCCUGGAACAACAUCAGCAAAGAUGGCAAACCAGCUGCAGAUGCUCGUAGCAGAGAGAAAGGACAUGGUGGAGACUGUGAUGGAGGUGUUUGAGCAAGGAGCCGAAGUGGUGGCCAGUAUCGCGGGUGACCUCUUCCCCAUUUUCGCCAUCGCCGCUCCGAUUGUCAAACUGGCUCUGGACAAUGUGGACAGCAAAGAGGCCACGUUCAUGAAGGAGCAGUUUCAGAAAGUUCGGGAGCGUCUGGAUGUGGUGUCCGAGGAGAUUAAGCGGAUCAACGAUGAGAUCAAGAAGAGCGGAAUGGAUACUGCGUAUUUCUCACUGGAGGAGAACAUCACCAAUCAGUUCAGGAAGUACAUGGACAUCCUUAACGCCAAACCCAAGUUCAGAGAAGUCAAGAAGAAGCUAUUCCUGGAUCAUUUUGCCAAAACGGGGGGCGACAAAAACCUGAACUCCCUCUUCAACGCUGUGACGGGAGAUAACUUCUCCGGGGAAUCUGUGCUGGAGAUCACCCUGAACUACGAGGAGAAAAGUCGCCGGCCGGUGGAGGACUUCUGCGCCAGACUCAAGAAGCUUUUCUGCAUCGGACUAAUCGCUCUGUUGGGCCACGCCGCUCUGAAGGGAUACGACGAGGAGGAUGCACUCCUGAAAGUCUGGGGUGAGAAAAUGACCACUAUCCAAGGUAAAAUGAACACUGUGAUCGAAGACUGCAUCGUCAGCUUCCCCAAACAGGCCGAGCUGGAUUCCCGUCGACUCGUGAGAGAUGAGUCGCACCUAACCAGUCAGCAGUUAGCUGAUGCUAUCAUAGAGAGCCUGAAGAAGAAGUACGACUGGGUCGGCUGGUCCGUGCGUGUAUUCAAGUCGCCUUCGGGCAUGUUCGUCCAGAAGAAGAAGGUUUUCCACUGCCCAACGGGGAAGAGUCGCUUCCAGGUCCCUUCAUCGGAUGAGAAACUCAAUGUCUGGGUGUCCUACAGCUCCUCGUCUGAGCCUGUGGACGGGAGUCGCAUCCAGCAGCUGAUCGAGAGUCAGAAGAAGGUCACGGUGAAGGCUGUAGCUGAGUUCCUGUUUGAGGAGUUACCCGGCGACUGCGUGGUCCACACGGUGAAAACCAGCAAGGACCUGGCCUGCUCCUGGAGCUUCGAGGACGAUCUCCACUACUGGGAGGAGCACAAUAACUUUUUCGUCUGCGUUCACUCCGCUUAAAGUUUCAGAUGCUCCAAAAACUCUCAAGUCACUCCAGUUGCUUGAUGUUUGCACAGAUGUAAUCACUGAGUCUAUUGCGGCCUCUCAUAUUACACAUUUUGUGCCUUAAUUGUCUUUUGUAAGUUAAUCUUUCUCCUUUUCUAAGUAUGUUUGAUAUUUGUUUCUUGCAGAGAUGAGGUGCAGAAACCAACAGGUUUUUUUUAUACUUCCUGAUCUCUUAUAGUUGUGCUUUGCUUCCUUCCUCAAAAGAACUCACCUCUUGUGACUUAUGUUCUAGUUUCCUCUCUUGGUAUGACAGUUGUGGAUUUGGAAAUUUGACAAUAUCGAAGCUAAGAGACUCUAUUUUUAGAUGAUUGUAUUUUCUACCGUAGUCGUAAAGUUCUGGAGGAUUUGCUGUUUUAUUACAGGGGGAUAUCCUGGGAAACAAGAAUCCAUCUGUCGUCCACAGAUCAUGUUUUGUAGUGAUAAGCAGUGACCUCACCCUGCUGCAGACACUCAGAGUCACAUUCACUCAAACCAAGAGAGAAAAUGGCUCCUGACGUUAACACAGACUCUAACAUGAGAACUUAGUCUUUUCCUCAUCUGAGAAAAAUAGUAAACCUCAUAACUGGCUGCAGGAAAGCACAAGAAAGAAAAAGGCCUCAAUCAACAUGGCACCCAUGACACUUUAUUUACAUUCCGAGGCGUUGUGAUGGCAACACACUGUUUACGUGCAGAUGCCUUUCAUAGCUGUGGUUGUGACACAUCCUGACUGGUGUGAUACUUAUACCUGCUCGAAAAAAUCUCUACUUCAUUUACUUUUUUAGAAUAUUUACUUUUUUAUUUAGAUUUUGGGGGAUUGUAUUAUCUAAAUCUAUAUAAUCUAACCACUGACACUGCAGAAAUAUCCUUUGCAUCACUGACCGGUUCUCUUUGUGUGUCUUAUUGAACACCACUGAAAUCGCUUCCUUUGUAUAUUGUGUUUAUUACCUUUGUUGGUUAAAUUCAUGUCUUUCGAACAAAUUAUCAUCUGUUAAGAACAAGCCCAAUAUUUACUUUAAUUACUUUGGGGUAAUGUUGCACCUUUGUCUUUUCAUUCUUCCAUUUGCAUACGUUGUGUUUGGGAUAUGAGUCGUCCAAGGUUCAAAAUGCUGUUGGUUCAGCAGUGAAUGUAAUAAAUCUUCAAAAUAAACUCAAGUUACACAUCA